AUGCUCUCCAAGUUGGAUGAUUCAGCCGUACAAAGGCUGCAACAGAAGUGUGGUCAAGACCAGGGGACAUGUUUUACCUAUGAUGCCAAGGCAGAUGGGCUCCAAUACCUGCUAAUCAUAACGAAAGAUAAGCCGAUUCAAUUCUCGUCGGCAAGGCCCACUCGGCGGACAUUCUUACCCAUCCGUCCGUGGAAUCGUUAUGGUAUCGAGCUGCCUGACUUUUCAGACGAGACGCAGAGCGUGGUCGAUUGGUCCGAGCCUGGGCCCCUGUCAGGUAAUCCGCUCGGUUGGUCUCCUGGAGACAAUGACCCGGCCGAUUCGGAGUCUCAUACGCGAGAGUUGAGGUUGCUCGUUUGCCUUGGGGCAGCCCUUCGGGGCGCUUUUGCUAGCGCAGCAGCGUGGUGGGGAGUACUUGAGAAUCCCGUCGGAUAA